GGUCCAUUGAGAUGGUCGGCAGAAUCGACUUCCAAGUCAAGAUCAACGACCAGAGAGUCGAACCUGGAGACUCCAACACAAUCAUUCAGACUCACUCUAGCGUGCUGAAUUCCAGCGUUGUUGCCGCAUCUCUAGAUGGGAAGAAGGCUCUCGUGGCUGUCAUCAUCACCAAGUCAAACGAGCUUGAGUGGUCCGAUCUGAGGAAUCAGCUCAAGGAACUCCUGAAGAAGCAUAUACCCAGUUACAUGGUGCCGACAUACUGGUUGCGGCAAGAGGGCCUUCCUCUGAACGUGAAUGGAAAAGUAGACAUCCCACGCCUAGUGAGGCAUGUUCAGGACCUUGGGCGAGAUUAUCUCCUCAACUUCUCCACGGGCAGCUCCACCCACCAGUCCCUCCCGAACGGACAGUUAAACGGUCAUUCAAUCCCCAGCGAGACAGAAUACCGCGGUAGUAAACUCCGGGAUAUACUGGCCGAAGUUCUCUCCCUUCCUCCCUCGCGCAUUUCCUCCGAUGACACAUUUCAAGAGCUGGGGGGUUCGUCGUUAGAUGCGAUCCGGGUGUCUUCGAAAGCCCACGAGCACAAUCUAGAAAUCAGCGUCGCGGACAUCCUCAAACUCUCGCUACGUGACCUUCUCAAUCAGACGAAGCCUCGAGAGACGGCUCUCUCGGGACUGAGCACGGAGCCAUUUUCAUUGUUACCGCCAACCGCCAAACUUGACCGGACAGGAGUGGAAGACGCAUACCCGACAACACCGUUGCAAGACACAUUCCUGGCAAAUACACUGCAGGGUAAUACCACGUAUAUCUAUCGCCGAUACUAUCGUGUCAAGGGCCACCACAUUAACGUCGUCAAAAAUGGCUUAGAGAAUCUCUUAGAACAGCACCCAAUUCUCCGGACCACUUUCGUGUUAAACAAGACGUCUUUCCUGCAGGUAGUUAAGAAGGACGUCCCGCUUUCUUGGGAGACUCUCGAUAUAACUGUGGAGGAGUUUUCCUCUGCUAAAAAACGGCCGAUGGAACUUGGAGGCCCCUUUGUCCAUUUCACCAGUCUCCGAGACGGAGUCCUUGCGGUUACCAUGCAUCACGCCUUGUUUGAUUACUGGUCCAACAGCUUUUACCUCGACGACCUGGCGGCCGUACUCGCCGGCAAGUCGUUGCAGGAGAGGCCCAGCCACGCGCACUUCGUGCAACACUUGCUGCGACAGAACAAGGAUGAGUUGCAAAGCUUCUGGAAGAGCAGGCUGGAAGGCUCUUACCCUUGUAUAUUGGGCCACAUGACCGAGGAUAACACACUGGUCUCUGCUGAACUCCAUGAGGACGUCCAAACGUUCGCCUCCGCCAACAAAGUGUCUCUCGGAUCUCUGAUAUACGCGGCGUGGGCGAUCGUUCUCUCUCUUCACACAAACCAGAGCGAUGUCGUCUUCGCCGCCACCUUCUCCGGAAGGGACACACCGGUUCCUGGGAUUCUGAAGAUGGCCGGCCCGACUAUUACGACUGUGCCAUUCCAGGCGCGAGUUGACCCGGACAUUUCUUUGCUCGACUUAGCGCGCUCAAUCCAGGGCGACAUGUGGGAAUGUGCACCGCAUGCUCAACUCGGACUGCGAAACAUUCUUAAGUCCUCGGGUCAUAGCUCUGCGCCAUUCGACACUAUGGUCAACGUCCUGAUUAAAGAUAGCGAAGGUGGCGCUGCCAAGAGUAUCGACAUCCUGGAGCAAUGUGCCCCUUUCGAGCCGAAUCAUGUAGAGUACACCAUGCUCGAAGCAGAGCCCACUGAAGGAGUGUUGAAGCUGCGCCUCUUGGGAUCUCUAACCCGGAUAAAGGCGAACCUGUUACUCGGGAACGUGUUAGAAACCAUCAAGGCCAUUCUAGAGAAACCCUCUUCAUUCGUAGGACAACUUUCUCCUACGUCCGCGGAAGAAGAAGUCUUUCUCAACUCCAUAUCCAUCGAGCAUCCCACUACGCCUAACCUAUUUGCUUAUUCUCUGACUGAGCACAUGAUCGCUAGAUACCCAGAGAAGACAGCUCUCGAGGACAUUUCGGGUGCGAAGCUGAGUUAUAGAGACUUUGGGAUUGCGACAAACCAAUUGGCGCGCUAUCUGGGGGCAAGGGGCGUCGGAAAGGGGGAUAUUAUCCCGAUAUGUAUGAGGAAGUCGAUCAGCACCCUCGUCGCCGUAUUCGGUAUCCUCAAAUCUGGUGCGGCAUUCACCCCCUUGGAUCCGCAGAAUCCGAAGGAUCGCAACGAAUUUAUCACCAAAGACGUCGGAGCAAAAGUGACCAUCACCGACAGUAUCCAUUCGGGCGUCUUUGACGCCUUCUCUGGCGAAGUCAUUAACUUCGAUACUCUCGACACGAGCAGCCUAGACAACAGUAAGGUUGUCCUCCACAAUCACUCCCCUCAAGACCUCGCUUAUGUCAUUUAUACGAGCGGGUCGACCGGUCUGCCGAAGGGCGUCCAGGUAUCGCACGGGGCCGUAGCAGCGUCAACGGAAGGCAUGAUCGAGGCGUGCAGAGUUGACCAUCAAUGGCACGUCCUCUGGUUCCUGAACUAUGUAUUCGAUGCCUCCUAUUUCGACGUGUUUACCGUGCUCAGUUCGGGCGGCACCAUCUCUGUUGCCGACCAGGAUACGCUGAUUGCAGACCUGGCUUCGUGCGUCAACAGAUUCGGCGUCACGCAAAUGAUGCUGACCCCGACCAUCUCGAAGCUGAUAGCUCCCGAUGAUGUCCCAACCCUGAAGACCCUUCUUGUCUGUGGUGAGCCGAUCACGCCCGAGGUCGUGGAAACGUGGGCCACUCGGAUGGACGUGUAUAACGGAUAUGGUCCAACUGAGGCAACCAUCCUCAUGACUGUUUCAAAGGUUGUCCCCGGUGGCAAUCUUAAAAGUGUGGGCUAUCCGCUUAAAGCCGUCAAGGCCUCCAUCCUCCAUCCUAAUGGGAUGAAGCCUGUACCAUACGGAGCUGUUGGCGAGCUCUGCGUCAGCGGUGCCCAAGUGGCCAUCGGCUACUUAAACCGUCCAGAGAUCACAGCAGCCGCCUUCCAAACCGCAGAGGAUGGCUCCGUAGUGUACAGGACGGGCGAUUACGCACGCUGGCUUCCGAAUGGUGAGAUCGAAUGUCUGGGACGCAAAGAUAACCAGGUCAAGAUCAACGGCUUCCGCAUCGAACUCGGCGAGAUCGAAAACGCAGUGCUGUCGCAUGCUGGAGACUUAAUCCAUAGCUGCGUCGUGGGUGUCGCGCAAGUCCAGCGCAAGAAGCAGAUCGUGGUUUAUUACGUGCCUCAAGACAAUCAGCCGACGGAGGAUAUGAACGAGGGCGACUUAUUGUACCCCGCGGCCGUGGUCGACCCGGCAGCUAUACUCGAGCGCCUCACGUCGCUUGCUCAUUACAUGGCUCCCAAGGUAUUCCUGCCAUUCUUGAAGUUCCCGCUGCUUCCGUCAGGGAAAAUCAACAGAAAGGUGCUGGGUGCAUUGGCCGAGCAAUUAAGCCCGAGCAGUCUCGCCCAAUAUUCUGGGAUGGUGAAUACACAGCCGGCAGAUUAUUCAGAAGUGCUCUCAGAUACAGAGAAGAUUCUCCGGGACGCAUGGGCGGACCUCUUCGAUGUCGUUCCCGAAAGCAUUAUCCCCUCUGACCUCUUCUACACGUACGGUGGUGACUCUAUCGCGGCCAUCAACCUCGUCAGCAUGCUUAGACGUCAGAACUUUUCUCUUUCUGUGAACGACGCCGUCACGUACCCUACACUAAGGGAGCAAGCGACUCGGCUGAAGCCUAUCAAGGCGGCCGCUACGCAAACCGUCGAGUUCGUGGUCCGCCCUUCGGUCCACCAGAGGCUGCGAGACGCCGGCGUCGCGCCCGAGGAUGUAGAGGAAAUUUACCAAUGCGCUCCGGGACAGGUAGAGUUCCUCACCCAGGGCCACACAGAAAGCCAGUUCUGGCAGCUCAUGACGGUGCGGCCACUACCGCACGGCUUCGACUUCGACAGGUGGGUGGGUCUCACAACGAAACUCACCGAGAUCAACCAGAUCCUGCGAGCCAUGUACCUGAAGCAGGAUGAGUCGGACCCGCUCAGCUGGGUUCAGGUUAUCCUGAAGAAGCCGGUCCUCGAUCUGGCCAUCGUUGAGUGCGCGGACGAGAGCCAGAAGACGACGCUGGUCAAGCAGCACUGGGACCGCAUGUUCGAGCUCGGCCGGCCCUUCGUCCGGUAUCUGCUCCUCAAGCAUCCGGACGGCAGCAUGGACCUAUGCACGAAGCUCGACCACGCCAUGUACGACGGGACGCUGCUACGCAUCUUCGACGACCAGUUCGCGGCGCUGCGCGACGGCCGGCCCGUGCCGAAGCCGACGCCGUUCAAGACCUUUGUCCAGUACACGCACCAGAACCGGGAGGAAGUGCUGUCGUUCUGGAGGGAGUACCUCGACGGCUGCAGCUUCACGUUCCCGACGCAGCUGUCGGAGCCGCGCGUCAGCAGCGUGGUGGGUGCGACGAUCGACGUGCCGGUCAACGGGUUCGCGCAGCGGGCGGGCGUGACGGCGUCGAUCGCAUUCCAGACGGCGUACAGCGUGCUGCUAUCGCGACUCAGCGGCGGCGGGGCCGAUGUCGCGUACGACUACCUGCUGACAGGGCGCAACGUGGACCUCGACGAGCCGCAGCUGAUCAACGGCACGUGCGCCAACUUCCUGCCGUUCCGGUCGCGGCACGAGCCCGGCGUCACGACGGUGGCGGCGCUGCUCCGCGACACGCAAUCGCGCUUCUGGCAGAUCACGGAGAACGGCGUUGCCGGGCUCGGCGACAUCUACCACGCGCUCGGCGCGGACCGGCAGGCGCGCGCGGCCAAGACCCUCUUCCUCUUCCAGCCGUUCGAGCCGGCCGUCGGCAAGCAGGACACGAUGCGCUGGAUCGUCAUGGCGAUGAGCAAGGUCACCAUGUUCGUCAACUACGCCAUCAUGCUCGAGGUCUUCAAGGACGUCUCGGGCGGCCACAGGCUCAAGAUGGGAUACGACGACCGCGUCUUCAGCAAGGAGCAGGCGGCCGAGGUCCUCGACCUCUACAUCCGCAUCGUCAAGACCAUGGUGGCCGGCCAGGCGGAGAAGGUGAGCGAGCUCUUGUAAACAGGAGGGGAUACAGCUGCGCUGCGAAACGCGGGUACAUAGUGUCUAGAUUCCCGGGGUGUCGGUCGGUGUUUUUGGUAUGUUUCUCAUCGUAUAUUUCAUUGAUUUUUUUUGUAGAUGUGAGCCACACAUGAACAAACACCUACCUACCUUACAGGUAAACACGUAUAGGUACAUAUAAGGGGAGAGUAUUCGAUUUUUUCCUCGGCAGGGAGUCGUCGGCGCAGGCAGGUGAAUAUGAUUUGAUUACCUGGCAGCAGAUCUAUGGCAAGGAUUUGUGACCAUUUGCUGUUCUUUGGUUUCGGGACGGGUGAUGUUGCUGCGGACUUGGCAUGCUGUACUUCUUAGUCUUUUAACGACCUGUAGAGAUAGCCGGGGCUUCUGUGUGGUAUUGAACUCGGUGUCGAAAAAGGAAUAAAAACGACCUCGCUCCCAGGCAUCUGGUGUUGUUGUUUG